CGGGCGGCCGGGGUCCUUCGGGGAUUAGCUCGGGGUGGGCUCGCGCUGCAGGCCGCCAUUUCUCGGAGUCCUCCGAAGAGCUGCCCCCUCCUCAGCCUCGCUCAGGACCUCUUCUUGCUGGUCGCUGGCGCUCCGCGCCCUCUUUGCCGCCGCGCCGCCGUCUCCAACCCAGUGGCAAAAAAUGCUGAGCUUCUUCCGGAGAACACUUGGGCGUCGGUCAAUGCGUAAACAUGCUGAGAAGGAAAGACUUCGAGAGGCACAACGAGCUGCCACACACAUUCCUGCAGCUGGAGAUUCUAAGUCUAUCAUCACAUGUCGGGUGUCCCUUCUGGAUGGUACUGAUGUUAGUGUGGACUUGCCGAAAAAAGCCAAAGGACAAGAGCUGUUUGAUCAGAUUAUGUACCACCUGGAUCUUAUUGAAAGCGACUAUUUUGGUCUGAGAUUUAUGGAUUCGGCACAAGUAGCACAUUGGUUGGAUGGUACUAAAAGUAUCAAAAAGCAAGUAAAAAUUGGUUCACCCUAUUGUCUGCAUCUUCGAGUUAAGUUUUAUUCCUCAGAACCAAAUAAUCUUCGUGAAGAGUUAACCCGGUAUUUAUUUGUUCUUCAGUUAAAACAAGAUAUUCUCAGUGGAAAAUUAGAAUGUCCCUUUGAUACAGCAGUUCAGUUAGCAGCUUAUAAUCUGCAAGCUGAACUUGGUGACUAUGAUCUUGCUGAGCAUAGUGCUGAACUUGUCUCUGAGUUCAGGUUUGUGCCCAUUCAGACUGAAGAGAUGGAACUGGCUAUUUUUGAGAAAUGGAAAGAAUACAGAGGUCAGACACCAGCACAAGCUGAAACCAAUUAUCUGAAUAAAGCCAAGUGGCUAGAAAUGUACGGGGUUGAUAUGCAUGUGGUCAAGGCUAGAGAUGGGAAUGACUAUAGUUUGGGAUUAACCCCAACAGGAGUCCUUGUUUUUGAAGGAGAGACCAAAAUUGGCUUAUUUUUUUGGCCCAAGAUAACCAGACUGGAUUUUAAGAAGAAUAGAUUAACCCUGGUUGUUGUAGAAGAUGAUGAUCAGGGCAAAGAGCAGGAGCAUACAUUUGUCUUUAGACUGGAUCAUCCAAAAGCAUGCAAGCAUUUAUGGAAAUGUGCUGUGGAGCAUCAUGCCUUCUUCCGCCUCCGAGGCCCUGUCCAAAAGAGUUCACAUCGAUCAGGAUUUAUUCGACUAGGAUCACGAUUUAGAUACAGUGGGAAAACUGAGUAUCAGACCACAAAAACCAAUAAAGCAAGAAGAUCAACAUCCUUUGAAAGAAGGCCCAGCAAACGAUAUUCUCGACGAACUCUACAAAUGAAAGCAAGUAUAACAAAACCUGAGGAACUCAGUGUUCACAGUAAUGUUUCAACACAGAGUAAUGGCUCCCAACAGGCUUGGGGUGUGAGAUCUACUCUUCCUGUGAUUCCUUCCAUUUCCUCUGGUCCUGUGCUGGUGGAGAUAGAGAAUCUUCCACGGAGUCCUGGAACAGACCAGCAUGACAGGAAAUGCCUCCCUCCGAAUAUUGAUUUGCUAGAUAGCCCAGACUUAUUGGAAACAAGUAUUGGUGAUGUAAUUGGGCCACCUGACACUAUGGAAACAUACCAAGUGGCUGAUGAAGUUAAUGUAGCCACCAGGCAAACUGGAUUAGAGGAACCUGAAAUUGAAUGUAGGACAUUGAAAGAUGCCUCAGAGAAGCUAAAAGAACUUGAGAUGGAGAACAGUCCUUUGUCGUCACCUCUAUCCAAUAUCAAUGUUAAUGUCAACAGCCAGGAAGAAGUGGUGAAGUUAACUGAGAAAUAUCUUAAUAAUGCCAUUGAGAGCCCAGGUUUGAAUGCCAUGAGAGUUCCUCCUGACUUUAAGAGUAACAUUUUGAAGGCUCAAGUGGAAGCAGUGCACAAGGUUAUGAGAGAAGAUAGCUUAUUAAGUCAUAAAAAUGCCAAUUUUGAGGAUACUGCCACAAACAGUGCUGUAUUAAAUGAGAAUAAUGUGCCCUUUUCCAAAGAUUCUCUUACUCUGAUGCAUACAACACCUGCAGACAGUGGUUCUGUUCUAAAGGAUACCACAGAGGAACUGGAUGCCUUGCUCUUGUCACUCACAGAGCAUCUGAUGGACCACACAGUCACACCUCAGGUGUCUUCAGCAACCAUGAUCACACCCCGAUGGAUUGUUCCACAGAGUGGUGCCAUUUCUAAUGGACUUGCAGGGUAUGGAACAUUUUCGGCAGGGAAGGAAGGACAUGGUAAUAAGGAUGGAGUCUCACUGAUCUCUCCUCCAGCACCAUUCUUGGUAGAUGCUGUGAUCAGCUCUGCUCCAACUUUGGUGGAAGAAGAAACCAUCUUGAAGCAGAAGUCUUUACUGACAACUGAACUCUAAAGGAAUGCCCAUCCCCACCUGUAACUGGAAUGCCUAGCACUCUCCAGCAGUCCGUCCUGGAGUCUAUUCCAGCUGGAAUGUGUUGGAUUCAGGAACUUGUCCUUUACUUGUAGGUAAAAAACCUCUACCUAGCUUGACUUCAACUCCAUAAAAAAAAUAGCUACAUUUUCCGUCCAACUGGAAGGGUUGAAUCACACUGCAUAUCUACCCAAAUGAAGCUAUCUGGGUCUUUUACUUUCUAUAAUUUUGUUAAAGUUACACAUUACUGAAAUAAGGGAAUUACUUUCCCUGUAGUUUCUUUCAAACACUUGGCUCCACCUAGUGGUUGUAAUUUUUCAUAUUUAUAACAAGACCCCUCUGGUAGUCAGCAGACCUUUGGAUGCUAUUUCCCUCUCUAGUGUCAGGGUGAGCACCCUUGAUCUGAAUGCCUGUUAGAGAAAUUGCACUUUUUCAUGCAUUACCUGGAAAUCAGGAACUUAGGAAGUUAAUCUGGGUACUGUGUAGGUAGAUUCAGAGCCAGCUGCUUUACAUUUACUAAAAUACUAAAAGAAAAGUUUAGAAUACGGAGGGCUUUUAAAUGUUUCUCAUACUUCUGAUUUCUUACUGGAUUUACUAUCCUAAUACUGCAAAUUUACAGCAAAGUAAGAUAAACCUUGAGAAGAACUACAGAGAAAUCAAUUGCCCGUGAUGUUUGUUUUAGCCCUGCCUUCCCACAGAAAGCACUCACAUGUACCACACAUGUAUUGUAUAACUUUCAGCCUGGAAAGGGGGUGGGUUACUGUUCAAGAGACCCUGGGGCACUUAUCUCAGAUAUCCGCACCUCUUCCUGAGCCAGGUAGGGAAUUCAGGCCCUUGUAGAGUCAGGUGAUAAAGGCAUAGCAUAGCCCAGCAGUACUCCACAUCAGUACCUAUUUGGGCAUAUGCUCCGUUUCUUCUCAGUAUAAGCUGAAUAAAUUUAGAGCUUGCAAACUGAAAAAAAAAAAAAUGAAACAAAACACCAGGACAGAAAUAGGGAAUGGGGGCAGGGUAAGGGGAUUUUGUUUCUUGAUACCUGCCAUGUAUGAAACUAUACACAGCAUACUGAAAGAAUUCACAUUACAUUAGAAAUUUUGUAUUAUGUUUAGAAGUUUUCUAGAAUCUCCCCAUCCCUUUUGGCCUGAAAAAAUUUUGGAUGUUAAAGUAGUACAUGCUUAUCAUAGAAAAAUAGAGAAAAGUAUAAAAAUGUCCAUCUGUAUUCUCAACACCCAGAAGUAAAACUUGAGCAUAAAUAAUUUCAACUUCAAUUAUUAUGGGCAGUGAGAAUGAUCUGGAAAUCAUGUUGGUAAAGUCUUUGUUAAUCCCAUGUUAUCAAUGACUAAUGUUAAGCUAUACCUCCUGGAAUUUGUUUUUUAGUUUUCUUCCCUGUGAUGUGUGUAUAAUUGAGGAUUAAUUUGUACUGCUCAGCAUAAAAGAAUAUCCAGUUUUAUGGUGUUUAAAACUCCAUGGUUGGGACUAUCCCAAGUUCCCUGUGGCAUAAUUAUUUGCUCAGGCAAACACAUACUAGUGUCUGACUGGAAAGCUCAGGAAUUUUAAUCUUGCACUGUUUCCCAGGGAGCUAUAGAGGUUGGAAACCACUUUUGCAGAAAACAUUUUUGCUGAAGGAAAGAAAGUUGGCACUUCUUGCUGGCUGCCUCCCCUUGGACAUUAUGCUAAUAAGCUUGUGAAUUUCAUUGGUGGAGCUCUUGCCAGCUCUUAGUUGUAAAACAUAUUUUCUCACAGCUCUAAGUGACACCUAGAUUCAAGAGCCUGACCUAGGACAUGUUGGACUGGGCAUCAAAUUUUCAGUGUCUUGACAGGUCUAGAUGUCUUGCAAGGCUAAACUUAUGCUGCUAAACACAGAGCAGCCAUGGCGUUAUGGCUUGGAAGGCCUAAAUUUCCCAUUCAGUUUCGGAGAUAGCACCAUCUUUAUUUUAAACUUCCUAAAAUUUAGGAAUUAAGUAGUUGGAAAUAUUUUAUAACUUUUGUGUCUUUGGGUACCUGUGUUCUUGCCAGUCAGAAUAUUGAUAUGGACUUUUUAAAAAUUGAAUCUCAAGCUAAAAGGAAAUUUUGUCUCAUGUCCUUGCCCGAAGUGGUAAGCAUGGAAAUUAAUACUGGAAUGCUGAAUAGCCCUGACAGAUUAGAUACCUGUCAAAUAUAAGUUUUCUGUCAUAUCUUCUGCUCGUGCCAUGCCCAGAGCUGCUGUAACAGCUCGUCCCAUUCUGUUCCCGUGAGAAGUAGGGGUAGGGGGCAGAACUGAAGGAGGUGUGUGAAUGUGGCAGGCAGGGAAGGGGAGAAUUCUUUCUGUGAGAAGAGGGAAGCGUGAACCAGUGAAAGAGCUGGCAAAGGGAGGCUGGAGAUGAUACUGGGUAAGAAGGUAGGCUGAUGACACUGGAGCUGAAGUGGGAGGAGGAGCAGCGAGGUACUCUGCAGGCUUUCCUGAUGGUUUGCAAUGUGUGCUGUGCUGGGAGCAGUGCUGCCUGCCCUAGGGGAGUGGACAGGAGAGGAACCUCAAAUCAGUCCAUUUUAUAGCCCUGGUGGGGGGAAGGGGGAGUUGGCAUGGUGGUUUAAAAUAAGAUGCGAAAGUUUCAGUUAUCUGUCCUAGACUCUGCCUCGGAACUUGUAAAAUAAUCAGUGAGAUUUUAUUUCUGAUUAUUUGUUGGAAGCAUCACGUUUGUCCACACAGGAAGGGCUCAUGGUUAUUCCAUUUCUGCUCUUCAGGAGACACUGCUGAAUAGAGGAAUGGUUAGAUCCUUUUGUGUUUAUUUCCUUAAUGUUUUUACAUUGUUUUAAGAAAAAUCGUUUUUAAAAAUAUUUCUUAUAAGGAUUUCUCUUUAUCGGAGGGUUUUUUUUUUUUGUAGCACAUCUUCAUUCUUUUUAUCUUUAUAUCUGGAUACAAUAGACUGUUAUGAGAACCUCACUAACUAUUUUGUGUUUACUUUUUAUAUGUGUAAAGCUUUGCAGUAGUUUUUAAAGUGUAAUUUAUUUUUCGAUUGAGUGCACUAUUCAUUCAGUGUGUUCCAGUUUUAUAUGACUUGUAUUAGAAUCACUGCACUGAACUGUGAGUUGUUUAUACACUGAAAUGUGAACUCUAGAUGUGACCCCAUUCAAAUAAAACUUC